GCCAAGAAUAGCAUGGAGCGCUCUUCCUUUACUGGACACUUGUUAACAAUUUCUUUACUGGAAUAUGGAAAAGUGAGCAGAAUCUCAAGAAGUAACAGAAGUAAGCACUACUAUACACUUUACAAAGAAAAAGACCACAUACUUCUGUUGUUGGACUGCUGAAAGACCUAUUGACUCAGAACUUAAAUGCAUGAAUGAAGAAAUGGGGAAGAAACUUUUCAUGGCUCAAAAGAGAGGAGAAACUCGAGCAGUUUGUUUGGGCAUUGGAAUGAUUAUCUGCUCCGUAAUGAUGUUUUUUCUACUUGGAGUGACUGUGCUGCCUAAGUAUAUAAAAAGUGUGUGGACUAAAGAAACUAAGUGUACCCUCGUUCAAGCUACUUUCAAAGAGAGAGCCAACUGUAUUCAUAAUUCCAACACAAAGCCUGAAAGUAUAUUACAAUACCCCUGCCUGGAGGUAUUGGUAAAUUUGAAUUUUUCAGAAGAUGUUCUAAUGCUUUAUCACACAGAGGAAUCUUCCGAGUUGAAUAACAAGUGCUCCUACAUUCCUGAUUGUAAGGAAAACUACACAGAAAUUGCAAUGCAUGUACAGGAAAUUCAAGGAAGAUUUAAUAAGUCUGCUUCAUUUACCUGCUAUUUUGAUCCCAAAGGAAGACAGAAGAGUAUUAUUUUAAUAAGAAAGUUUGGACCUGAAAAGAUGAUUUUAUACUUUUUCUGGCCAGCCUCAAUGUUUACUGUUGGACUUUUUGUUGUUAUUAUUGUAAAAAUAAGUCAAUAUUUUGCCAUGCUUUCAGUGCAAGUAAACAAAGUAAAUACCUAAUUUUUUUGUACAUGUUACUCAUACAGGUUUAUUCUAUCAUUGACAAAAGUCAAAAUAUUAAAAAGAAAAAAAAAUGCACAUAAGGGAAUAUUUAUCAUAUCUGGUGCAAAGGAAAACUGGCUUAAAAGGUGUAAGUCACCGAUUUGUACCUAUGAAACUGGUUGUGACCUGUUGCGUGGCCCUGUCAAUCAAAGUGCAGAGGGCACGGCAGUUGCAGAGAGUGCAGAGCAUCUAGGUGUAGCUCCUGCGACUCUUAGAGGCUUAUUUGCAUAUAUUAAAACAUCAAUUUUCUCAGCAAUAUGGGCACAUAGUAGGACCAACACAGAUGCCUUCAGCUAACAAGUGCACAUGCAACAGGUCAGCCAGUUUCAUUGGUACAAAUCUGCUUACAGAUGCCCUUUAAUUGACCAUACCAAACAAUCAGAGUGAGCCUUUUAUUUUACAAAGGAACUCUGAAAUAUGAAGGAUGAAGUACAAUAGGUUGCAAUGGGCAAACUAAGCUAGAUUUACUUUAUAACCGUUUUGAUAAAUCUCCCCCAUAUUGAUUAGGCACUGAAUAGAGAAGAGCAAGGUUUUCAAAAACUUGAUUCGGUCAGAAUUAAUUUGUCACAAAGUGCGUUAAGUCAGGUCUAUCCCAUCUUGCAGUUAAACUUUAGGGAGAAUGUAUCCUUGUGUACAUCCCUAUGCCAUGCAGCAACAUGCAUAGAUAGUGCUUUUUGGUAGCAAAAUAGUUACUGUAUGUAUGAAAGUCACAUAUUUGGUUGCACACAUCAUCGUGCAGGCCACCAACAUUCCUAUCUAACCCCCAGCUAAACCUCCAAAAAAGCAUACAGCAUCUUUCAGUAAAGCAACAAAAAAAACUGUGUGCCCCUGCAGGUGUCCCAGUGACUCUUUAGUGGAACAAAAUAAGGAGGACAUGGAGGCAGCACCAAUACAGUAAUGGAGAAAAAGGGUUUUAUUCCAUGUUAUAGCAGUGCAAACACAGUGCAAAGCAUUUUAAGUCUUUCUUUUAGAUGUAGAAUGACUGUCCACCACCAUUAGACUUUGUUCACACUUCACUUAAUUGGUCAGUUAUUGUCAGCCCAAAGCAGGUGCUCGUCAAAGCCACAGAACAGGUGCAGAUCUAGUCAUGAUACCUAAUCCAAGAGUACGCUUGGCUUCUGAAUUUGCCUCCCAAUAAGUGAUGGAAAUAAUUGACCAAAUAACAGAAGUGUGAAUGCCGCCUUACAGGUCAGUGUUGGCAUCAGUUCUAAUUUAUCAGAGUCGACUUAACCAUGCAGUGGCCCAAAAUGUAAGCAGUGGCCCCAUGACAGUAGGGAGGGUGUCAGCAGUAAGUCUUUGUUCACGUCACAGUUUAUUUUUCUGUUCUUCUGAUCCGUCAGAAGAACAGUACCAAAAAAAGCGUAUCCUGUAGUUUGAGCAUCCACCUUCACACAGUCAGUAUUUGGUCAACAUUUGAUCAGAACUAGUAAGAAAAAAACAGGAAUGGUUCCAAAACAAAGAUAACGUGAUGGAAAUAUUUGCUAUCUGUGUUUUGGACGCAUUCCUGCUUUUGGAUUCCAAAUCAUGAUGCAAAAUGGUAACGCAUGUUAGGGGCAUUCUCGACACUCAAACGACAGGACCUUUUCUUGUUAGUUUUCUGUUCUUCUGAUGGAUCAGAAGAACGGAAAAAUAAAACGACGAUUAAAGGCUUGAAGUGUCACAAUAGUGGCCCCGGAGUGUAGAGGGUGAGGGGGCAACAACAGUGGCAGUAACAGCAGAAGAUGUUUGCAGAUCACAGUAGGGGCGGAUGGCAGUAGAGGCAGCAGGCAUUUGGCAUCAGGCAGGUGCAACGCACCGCUCCCCCGAUCGUGUCCCAGGUUUUUAGGAAUGCCGAGUGGUGAUGCAGCCUUAGUAGUUUUGUGAAUGUCACGGUGUUCCUACCUGGAUACCGUCGCUCCCCAUAGUUAGGCUCUGUAGCAAUAAAGGGGGGAGUGAUAGAUGGUGGAGUAAGAUUCCAGACUUGGUAAAAGUUCAGCAGCUUUACUUGAAUUAAUUAGCACCCAGACAAUCUUUAGUCUCUCUUGACUCCAGCUGUUUUUAAGGUAAACUGGCUUCCUUUCUCUGCUGUGCUACCCUCUGGCUUCAGUCUGGUAGCUGGAUUUUAUGACAGUUCUGGUACCUUUUGAGCUAGGUGCUUUUGGCUGUUGAUCCCUUCAUGAUACUCUGUUGGUAUCUGUAAGGAGUCUUGGUGCUCUAUGAGCUGCUUACCUUGGGUGACUCCUGCUACAGGAGAGGGGACCAUCCCCCUCACUGCACCAUCUUGACUUGUCUGCUUCCAAAUCUAGAUUGAAUAUAGCUUCCCCUCUGCCUUGGUAGUAAGCAGGACUAGCCCUUUUCUGCCCAAAAGGGGAAGAAUUGAAUGGUAUGUUCCAUUCUAUCUAAAGGUCUCUCUUUCUGUGGGCAGAAGUAAUGGGCCAUUUGUCACAAUGUUUUGGAGUGGCAGCACACUACAUUCGGGUCAUUACUGCCAGAAUGAUCUAGUCCAGUUGCUGCGAACCUUUGGGUUGCAGUUUAAACACUCAGCCUGUAAAAGGUUCAUCAUGACUGAUCUAGUCUGUUGUAUCAAGCACGAGUGUCUGGAAAUCCUGGUUAAUCCACACCUGAUUUAUCUUUAUAAAGGUUAGUCUCUCAACAAUUUAUGUUGAAAGGUGAAUUCUCUUUGUGGUAACUAUGCCACCAACUAGGCCAGUUGCAGCGACGUAUCAAGUUUGGCUGUCCAGUAGUUUAUCAUCAGAGACUCAAGACUUAGAUUGCUGCUGAUGGAGAUGAUACCCCCCAUCCCCCUCUAGCAGUCAUGGCAGUGAAAUGUGAGCUCAGAAAGUCCCCCCAGUUAGACAUUCGUGGGAGUCUCAAUUGUAAUUCAGUUCUUCAUCCCUCUUAUGAAGUAUAAAAAAGGCCCCGAUUUUAGACCGGUAGCAAGGGUCUAACAUUGUGGAGAGCCAGUAGUCAUCCCUCUGCUGAAUGGUGAUAAUGCAGCUGUCACUACUCAAGCAACUCAUCUGGGCAUUUGCGCAAGGGACUCAGAGGGACUUCCUGCCUCCAUCUCCACUACAUAUUGUCACGGUCUGUCGGAGUCAUCCGUGUCAUCCUAUAGCUCCUCCUGCUCCUCUCUUGUUGCUUCACCUAGUUCUGUAUAGAAUUCCUGGGUAUUUAUGUCCUCCUCCUCCUCAUACUCCUGUGUUAAUUCAGCUCCUCUUGUUCUUCUGGCUUCUCUCCUUGUGCAGUUAAACCACCUUAGUUAGUUUAUUUAAAUUCUGGGCGUUUAUGUCCUCCUCCUCAUCCUCUUUCUUCUUUCCAGUACAGCCUCCACAGGACUCAGGUGGCUGUGAGAUGUAGGCGCCAAGUCUUCUGUCCCCUCGCAAGUCAGAUUUAUCAGCAUCCCCUCCAGGAUGUGAAGGAGUGGAAUGACAUAAUUCAUUCCGCAGUCCUGGCGACUGACAAAUAAAGUAGUCUUCAAAAGGUCUGUGCAAAUGGCAGGUGUUAUGCAUGAGCUGCCACUGUCUAACAUCAAAGUUACACCGGGGAGUAGUCCUGUCUAUCUGCAUCAUCAAGAAAUUGGUCACAGGUUUCCUCUACUCAAACAGUCAGUCCAACAUGUGGAGGGUGGAGUUCCAACUUGUGGAAAUGUUGCAUAUAAGGGGAUGUAGGGGAAACACCAUUCUACCUUUGCAGCUCAAGGAGGUAGUGUUUUGCAUGGUAAGAGUGGCUAAAGUGCAUACACAGUUUCCUUGACAUUUUCAAGACAUCUUGCAGUUGGGUGGAAGACUUGAGGAACUGGGUGAAAACGACAUUUAAGACAUAUGUCAUGGGUCAGCCCUCUCUGAUACAAUGCAGGCAGAAUGUUUAUUCCUGUUAUCAGUGACCAUUGUUCCUAUCUCUAGUUGGCGAAGAGACAGCCAGGAUUUGAUUAAUUUUUUUAUUUUUUUUUGAUGACGCAGAGCAGUUCCUCCCCUCUGUGACUCUGUUCGCCAGGACUGACCAGGUGCCAAUGCCAUGAUUUGCAUAGGUGGUAUGCUGGAGGACCUGUCUGAACUAUGCCUCCAGGUGUAAGAUGAGGAGGCAGAGAAGGAUAUUGGAGCAGAAAUCCCACAAUUACAACAUGGAGGUGGCAUUACCAUCACCUGGCCAAGUUUCUGGUGUGCCUGGGCCCGGAACUACAUUUACCCAGUGGCCUGUAAAGGACAUAUAUUGUUCUUGACCAUAGAUACAGCUCCCCACAUCACCACUGGCAUGAGCUGUACCAGACACAGACAGGCUCAAAAAGGGGGAGGGGGAGGGAUCCACAGCACCGCAACAGGCUGGAAGAGGCAGUGGGGUGGCAAAAGGGAGAAGGCGGGCCACACCAAAUAGGCACGCACCUGUUCUCCGGAGCACGCUCUUGCGGCAAUCUCUCUUGCCAAGAGGUAGCUGUUCCGCAGUCUGGCGCUUUUUUGAGGAAAGUGCGGCUGAUAAAAGAAUUCUCAUUUGCAACCUGUCCCGUACCAAAAUGAGCAGUGGCAGGAAAACUAGCAACCUCACCACCACCAGCAUGAUCCGCCAUAUGGCAUCAAAGCACCGUAAUAGGUGAGCCAAAUGCCUAGGCCACAAUCUGUGUCUGCAAGUCACACCACUGCCUCAUCUUCCCCUGUGUUACAUGCUGGCCAAUCCCCUGUCCAAGACGCAGGCCCUGAUGCCUCCCAUCCUGCACCUGGAUCCUAGCAAGCAUCAUCAUCGACCACAUCCACUUCUGUGUACCAGCUCAGUGUCCAAAUGUCCUUAACCCAGGCAUUUGAACGCAAGCGCAAAUACCCAGCCACCCACCCACAGGCCAUAGCACU